UAUAUAAACAUGCAUUCAUUCUCCAUGCCAGUUUGCAGCGGCAGGUUGCUUUCGCCUCUGUGCAAGCAAUGCGGUGGACAUCUUUUUACAGUUUUGAUGUAAUCUGAAGUAGAACGUAUAAUGGAGGGUAAACUUGCUGAAUACAGAGCUCGCAAGCGUAUGGCAACAGUGAAGCAAUCCUUGUAUAAUAUGGUGACAUUAAGCUCACAACAGCAUGAUGGAAACAUCAGCAACAGUAGUUUCAUCUCACAUACCACUGAUGAUGCUGAAUCUAUUGAGAGUAACUCCAGAGAAGAUGAAAUCACUAGUCCAAAACUCACCCCAUUUACAGUAACAAUGUACACAUUGUACAUUUUAUUAUGGGCAACUGUAUAUGCCAUUGCUAUUCAUUUAGAAUUUGGUACAGUGUACCUCAUUGUAUCAAUUCUGUAUGCUAUCUGGAAAAACACCCGAACUGGUCCAAAAAAGCAGGGUGAAAUCAGUGCUUACUCUGUGUUUAAUCCUAAUUGUGAAGCUAUUGAUGGGACACUCAAAGCAGAACAGUUUGAGCAGGAAAUUAGGUAUGGUGCUGGUGCUGUACAUUGAACCACUUAUUUACAGUUUUGAAAACACAGUUGUUCAUUUUGUUAUGACUUAAAGGAAAAUGUAGACAAUAAACCACUGAUGUUUUGUGAG